AUGGCCAUCAGCUACGAGGUCAAGCCUACCUUCAUCAUCCCGACCGUGGAUCUGACCGCGUACUUCAAAAACCCCGAAUCGCCUGAGGCAGAACAAAUCGUGGAACAGAUCCGCACGGCAUGUGCCACCAGCGGCUUCUUUCAAAUCACAGGCCAUGGUGUCUCGCAAUCACUCCAAGAACGAGUCUUCACGGCGGCAAAAAAACUGUUCGCUCUCCCCGAGGAUGUCAAACGUACGUUGGUCGGGCCGCCAGGCCGUGGAUACGAAGUGCUUGGGUCGCAAAUUUUGGAGGAGGGGAAAAAGCCCGAUUUGAAAGAGGGCUACUUUAUCGGCCGUGAAGUCCCCGACAACAAGCCUCCUUUCCGUCCGUUUCAAGAGGCGAACAUUUGGCCAGAUAUGAGCUUGAUUUCGGACAGUGAGUUCAAAGAGCCUUUGCUGGAAUAUCACGACACUCUGUCCAAACUUUCAUUCCACGUUACGCAUAUCCUGUUUCGAGGUUUGUCCGGUUUCGACACCAGCAUCUUCACCGACUUCUGCAAGGAUCCCCUCGCCAGUAUCAGAUUGCUCCAUUACCCACCCCACCCGCCGUUGGCGGAUGCCAAUCUUGUUGGGGCCGGUGCUCAUACUGAUUUCGGCGCCCUCACGCUCCUCCUGCAGGACGGUCACUCGGGACUUCAGGUGUUGAAGAAGACCCCAGAGCAAGAUCAGUGGAUAGAUGUACCGCCCCAGCCAAACGCCUAUGUGGUCAACGUCGGCGACUUUCUCGAGUCCUGGACCGGCGGCGCCUACAAGAGCAACGUCCACCGCGUCAUCAACACCAGCGGCACCGACAGAUACUCUAUCCCUUUUUUCUGGGACGGAAAUGCAGAUUGUGUCAUCAAACCUCUCGACGGCUCACUGGCCAAAGGGUACACGGUGGAGGAGCAUAUGCUCUCCAGAUAUGCACAGAGUUAUGCCUGA